AUGGCCUCUGUGAAGACCCUGCCUCUAAUCAUCGACAACAAAGCUGUCUCGCCAGCAGGCCCUGCGGUAGUGACCAACACCUCCAGCUAUCUCAAGACCGACUAUGUCAGAUACGUCAGUGCAACUCCAGAAGACGCCGUGGCCGCGGUAGAAUCUGCGCAGACCGCCUUCCGCUCGUGGUCGCAAAGCCUUCCGCGCAUGCGCCGGACUAUCUUGGAAAAGACGGCGACAUUGAUUCGUGAAAACGAGGCCGAAUUGAUAAACUUUUCAUUUAGAGGAGAUGCCCUUGCUGUGUACACUGUGGACAAUGACGAGGAAGCAAUCGAACUGGCCAACAGCACCAAGUACGGUCUCAGCGCUGGAGUCUACAGUAGAGACAUUGCGCGGGCCAUGAAAGUCGCGAGCCGUAUAGAGGUCGGGCAGACGCACGUCAAUUUCCCCAUGGGCACGGGGUGGGACGAGGCGACUCUGUCGGUGGGAUUGACGAAGGCCAGCGGGUGGGCGAAACAGAACGGAUCGUACGGGUUAGACGAGUUCUUGGAGCUGAGAACCAUAACCGUGACGGAUCCCGUCGAAUUUGCUGCCGGCAUGGCCCAAAUGGCACAGUAG